AUGGCCGAUGGCAAUGCACCGGUUGAGAGAAGGCAAAGAGAAGCCAGCUCUAGUCCUGGCCCUGUCGGCGACACAGUCUCGCCUCUCGCCGAGUUUAUGGAAGAAAUGAGAGAAUUCAAAGCCAGCAUGGCCUCCGAGAUGGCAUCCGUGCGUGGCGAAAUAAAUAAUUUCACCUCUACAUUUGACGACUCUACUUUUGACGACGAGCUUCGCCUGGACAUUGACGAAGGACAAGGUAGCGACUCGGAAACUGUGUCUACAUGUCUUGACACUAAAGUUGAACGUCUCCUUAAGGAAACCAGCAAGACGAAAAGUAGCGAGGAUUUGACGACAAGUUCAGAUAGCCUCCUUACAACUAUAGCACAAGAGCUCGAUGUUAGUGAACAGAUGGGCGCCGCUGUUCAAGAGCGUCUUGCCUCCAUAGUCGAGGGCCUUUUGAGCACCAAAUUAUCCGAUGAGAAAUGGCGAGAGAAAGUUGGGAAGUAUCCCCGACCCCAAAACUUAGAAAAUCUUAGAACUCCCAGAGUUAAUCCACUUAUAUGGAACCAACUCUCUGCUGGGGUUCGGACCAACGACGCCAAACAACAGCGAACACAGCAUGCUCUCGUUGGCGCCAUAGUUGCCAUGACGCAAGCGGCGGACCACGUGCUCAAAAGCGGAAAUCCUGAUGCAACGCUGAUAACAUCUUUGACAGAUGGCAUUGCAAUGGCUACCCAGUGUCAACAUGAUAUAAAUCAAGCACGUCGUAUUGCUAUGAAACAGGACAUGCACACAGAUUUUCAAGCACUGUGCAAUGUUCCAAUUCCUAGUGGGGAAUUUUUGUUUGGCGACUUGUCCAAACACACCAAAGAUAUUGCGGAUGCAAACAAGUUGGCGAAAAAAGGUCGCCCAUACCAGACUGCUACUGCACGAAGCAGACAGUCUAGUUCUGGCACUUAUAGCCGGUUUUCUACUGGGCAAUACAGACGUGGCCACCCAUAUCAACGACGUGAAAAUAUUUUCGACCGAGGUCGGUUUCACAAUGCAAAGAAAAAGAGAGGGGGAGCUGCAAAAAAGCAGUAA